CCCUCGCGCCGCGCCGCGGACGACGCCGUGCGCCGCAGUUGUCGUCGUGCGCCGCCCGUCCGCGCCGCCGCCUGCCGCGGUCUGGGGUGGUCGGUCGGUGGCCGGUCGGACCGGCACACAGUGGGAGGACGCGGUGGUGACAGGGAGCGCCGCCGAAACAGCACCAGGACGGAAACAUGAACGGUCGUGACCUGUCCAUCGUGCUGGGCUGCGUGGCCGGCCUGGUAGCCGCGCUGCUGUUACUGGCCGUGGUCCUCCUGUGUCGCCGCUGGCGCCGACGCCGGAGGAAGCCCCUGGCAGAGAAGGAGAGACGCCUCUCAGUCCGCACUGUGAAGCGCCACCCUCUGCACAGCACCGUGGGUGUGCCCGUGCAGCCAGCAGAGGUCGGUGCCGACCUCUUCCUGGAGCAGUAUGAACGUCGUCACGGUCAGAUCAAGAGUCAGGAGCUCCUGCGAGCUGCGCUCUCCCGAUCCAUGGAACAUCUGGUGCUGGAGCCGGGAGCGAAGCCGGGCUACAUGCCCACGGUAGCGCGGGAUGGGGGCGAGGAGUCCGUGUCGCCUUCUGAACAGUCCUCAAUUGCGUCCGACGAGGAGGGACAGGGCUCUCGGGCUGUGCAGGUGCGUCCUCGACUCGAGUUCCACGUGGUCUACACGGCGGUAAACCGGUCUCUAACCGUGUGUCUGAACCGUCUGCUGAACCCGCCUCUGCGCUACCGGGACCGGCCGUUCCUGGUGCGCCUGACGGUGCUCGGUCAACAACAGGAGUCGCGGCCGCUGCAGCUGGACAGUCAGCAGCAGCAGCAGCAGCAGCAGCAGGUGCUGACGUUUGCCGGCGUGGAGGCCGACUGGCUGGAUCAGGGCCAGCUCAGCUGCCACCUGUACGUCAAGCGCUACAGCAGCCUCACCGAGAAGCUGAUCGGCGAGGGCAGCGUCAGACUGGCGGAGCUCGGCCUGGCCUCUGGCACACCGGCCGCCUGUAACGUCAUCUUCAGCAAGCCCGGCAAAAAGAGGACGAUCCCGCUGCAGCCGAGUCACACCUCAGCCGCCGACGAGGCGGGUCUGUCUCCUCCGACCCUGGGGCAGCUGCUGCUCAGCCUGCGCUACAGUCACGCACAGGGCAGGAUGACCGUCUUCCUGCGCCGGGGGGAGAACCUGCCGGACUCGCGCGGACUGGUGAGCCCCGAGUUCUCAGUGGCCGUCAUGCUGCUGAAGGCCGGUGACGAGGUCGGCCUCCAGCAGUCCCGCAGAGUGUCAGGCAGGGCGCCCGUCUGGAACCAGUCGUUCCACUUUGACAUUCCCGAGGCGGAGCUGGAUCUCCACUGGAUUCAAUGCAUUGUGAUGGCCUCCAAGAUCUACAGCAAGGACAGACGCGUGGGCUUCUGCCAGCUGGGUCCAGACACCAGCCCCAGCGGAGCCCAACACUGGGAGGAGAGCCUCAAACCCAAAAAGGACGAUACGCCAAAGUGGCAUCCGCUGCUGCCGGCUGCAGAGUAGAGACACUUGGUGGUGGAACGGUGAACCUGUGGUUACUCGGUCGCACGCCAGGGGUGGGUCGAGAUUCGAGAAAUAUUGGACGUGGUCGGAGACCGCUCGACCAAAUGGAAAGGUGAACAUUGUGAAGUUGUUGUGUAAAGUAUUACUAGGUAAAUGCUGGUUGACGUUAGCAAUGUUAUUGAAUAAUCGUGAUGAUUUAGUUUUAUGUGAUCUAGGAUCCAUUACAAUCGGAUGUCUUUAACGGAUCGUCGGAUGUAUGUAGAAUAGUGAAGAAGAGCGGCGAACUGUAUCGUACCGUUACCUGUGUGAACGUUAACAAAGCGUCGCUCCUAGCUCCCAUAAGAUAUUCGUAUCAGUAAUAUAUCAUAAAUAAAACCAGCUAGAAAA